AUGCGUUCCGCAGGUGUGGACGCCAUUGAGGCUAGAUUAGGUUGGCUACAGCUUGACGACGAUGAGGUCCAGACUCCUGGUAUCGUCGACGUUGAAAUUGUCGACGUUGAGAUGAUCGACGCUGAGAUGGCUGACGUUGAGAUGGCUGACGUUGAGAUGACUGACGUUGAGACGCUCGACGUUGAGAUGCUCGAUGUUGAAAUGGUCGACGUUGAGAUGCUCGACGUUGAGAUGAUCGACGCACCCAACGAUCAAAACCACACAAUCUCACUGGAAUCAACCUCCUCGAGAAUGUUAGCGAAUUUCUCCUCGCUGAACUGGUUUUUUCUUAUCUGGCAUUUUGUCAAAGAACUGACACUGGGCGUGGCUGCCGCGUUUUUGCUACUGGUAUGGGUCCCUUUCAUGGCGAGAUUGAUAAGCUACAUCUAUCUCUUGGCCUGUGAAAUCCCGGGUCUAGACUUUCGUCGUACAGGUGUGGCCGACCAGGCUCCACACCGUCAACAGCGAACAAGAAUCGGACAGCACAGCGGUUCACCUGACAAUCGAGGUCAACAGGAAGAACAGACGCACAAAGACGAAAAUGCUACUGUUGAUUUGGUUGAUGAGGAUCUGAUUGGUGCUAUUACUGUGGGCAACGGACCUAUCGCUAUGGCUUAUCCCACUUGGUUGGGCAGUCCAUAUUCUACUCUUGGGUGCAAUCUUCUAGACCCAUUCGAUAGCCUAUGUGAAAACCCUGAACGAUUGCGGCAGCUUCUCAGACAUCCAUCGGCCAAGUCUGCAGGUGAACCGUUGUUUCGAAUUGACCAACAAUCCGAUUUGGUCCUGUUCCAGGGCUUCCACGUUAAGGAUUCCCCAUUCCCUUUCUUGGCAGAUAAGACACUUUUCCAUGCUCUAUCUCUUCUUCUUGUUUCGGAGGCCAAUAACCACCUACCCAACCAUGAGACUCUGCAUCAUCGCGGUCAGGUGCUUGAGUGUCUCAGCCUAGACCUGUUGCACUCUCGUAGUGGCAUACCAUCGCUGCAAGUCAUCACGGCAAUUCUAAUGCUUAUCAGUUAUGAAUACCGAGUGCAUGACACCCAGUCCACACAUGGCACAGCCGCUUUGCAUAUCCGUGGACUUCAAAAAAUAAUAUACCAGCCUGAGAUCCUAGCCAGCGGAUACAAUCCCGAACGUGUCCAACAGAUUCAACGAGCCCUGUUCUGGCAGGACAUAAUUUGUUCCCUGGCUACAGGUACACCUCGUCUAUUAUCAUUGGACAAUAACAAUGCUUUCGAUCUCUUACGAGAGAACAAAGUGUACGGAAGCUACUUUGUUUUGCCAGAAGGACUUGCACUGUAUACUGGUAGCUGGCCUGAGACAUCGCUAGCCGUGUUCGAAGACCUCAACGCCAUGUGUCAGCUUGUGGACGGAAUGCACGGGCAAAACACAUCAUCGGCACACUUGUACGACAGUGAUGUACAUACUACCACCCUCCUUAUACCACUAAUGGAAGACUUAGACGACGAGGGUUACCCACUAUACAACAACCAAGCCGACUUGGAGAUUCGGCUCGUGGAUCUUCUCAGUCAGACAAGAGCAAAGCCUCACAACCAGGAUGACUUGAUCUACAGAGCGUGUCUUUUUGCAGCAUGUCUCUGUACAUACAGACUUUCUUCAGGUAUCUGGGAAGGUCAAUACGUGCCAGAGAAGUGCGUGACGGAGAUUUUAGAUUGUAUAGAAGACUUCACGAGACAUAUGUCGCCGUGGAAGUUUGCUCCUGACAUAUCGUUCUGGCUACUAAACGUGGCAGGCGGCCUGACAAAGAACCAGCUCAAUAGAAAGCGAGCAGCAGCGUUGGUGCAACGAUACCGUUCUUUUUAUCCAACUGGCUACAAUCAAGACUGGGAGGUGGUUGAUAUGAAAUUGAAGAAGUUCACAUGGUGCGAACACACGAUGAAGUCGAAUGUUUAUCGAUUUUGGCAAGAAUGUCAGAAUACUUAA